GAGCCCGGGGGGUCGGGUCGGUCCUGGGGCUGCCUCUGGGUGAGCCGUGCUGGGCCGGGCCGGCCGGGGCUGGGCGAGGGGUUAUUUUUGGGCACGGUCGGCGCGAUGGAGUGAACGUCCCCUUUCCCUCAGUGUAACUGAGGUGACGGUUUGGCUGAGGAAGGGUUUGCAGUUUGGCAGGAGCUCUGCUGAACUACGAGUGGUACCUUAAAAACAAGCAACAGAGGAAACAGCGACUUUGACACAUCUCUGGGACCUGCAAUGACAAGUCAGAACAGUAGCCAUGCAGAGAAAACUGGUGAAAUGUCCUCAAAGCAGUCGGCACCAAAAGUGCAGGUCCAACGAUCUGUCUCUCGAGAAACCAUCACUAUUCAUUUCUCUGCAUUUGGGAAGGAGGAAGAAGAGGAGGAAGAGGAGUUUAAGGAAUUUCUUGAUGAGGAACUAGAUGACCAAAGCAUUGUAACAGCACUUGAAGCCAAGGAAGACCUCUGCUUUGAGCAUACCGGCCAUGAGUUUUCUGGUCCAGCUACCUCGCUUAACAUGGCCAACUCCACUUCACUGCUGUCCUCAUCGCCUGCAGUUCUGCCAACUGCAGAGACUGUAAAGCUGUUGGAUUCUCCUUCCACGUCCCAAGUGUUCAGUGCAGUGCCACUAGUCCUAUCUCCAUUGUCACACUCAUGUCAUACAGUUAGCUCAGCAGGCGCACCACCACCUGUGGAACAGAAAUCCAGCCUGUCGUCUUCCCCAUCCUCAUCCCCUUCCAGAUCAGUUGUCUCCUCCAGUGGAUCACCCACAGUUUCUAGUUCAAAGCCUUUUAAGGGUUUAGUCAAGUCUCUCUCAACAGAUGUGGAACCAAAAGAACCCACCCCACCGAUGCGACAUCGGCAGUUAAUGAAAACCUUAGUGAAAUCUCUGUCUACAGACACUUCCAAACAAGAAUGUGAAGCUGUGUCUUACAGGCCGCCUGACUCAAAGCUGAACUUGCAUCUGUUCAAACAGUUCACUCAACCUCGAGCUGCAGGUGGUGAUUCUAAAACUGCCCCCUCAUCUCCAUUAACAUCUCCCUCUGACACUCGUUCCUUUUUUAAAGUACCUGAAAUGGAGGCUAAAAUUGAAGAUACUAAAAGACGCCUUUCUGAAGUGAUCUAUGAGCCUUUUCAGCUGCUCAGUAAAAUAAUGGGUGAUGAAAGUAGUAGCCACAGGCCCAAAGCCUUAUCUUCAAGUGCUUCAGAACUCUCAAACCUUUCCAGUUUGAAUGGCCAUUUGGAAAGCAAUAACAACUACAGCAUUAAGGAGGAAGAGUGCGAUUCUGAAGGGGAUUUUUAUGGAAGUGACUCUAACCUGAGUAAGAACAAUCGGCCAAAAGCGGCUGAGGAACAUGCAAAAGAGGCAGAGACCAAAAGCUCUCAGUCUGCAAGCACAAAGGACGUGAGUUCAAAAACUUCACUCGUACUUGAAAAAUGUUCGUUGUCUGCACUCGCAAGCAGAGAGGAUGAGGAGUUUUGUGAACUGUAUGCUGAAGACUUUUCUUUGCUAGAGGAUGAAAGCAAAACUGAUAAACCGACUGAAACUUUGCUCGAUCCAGAGGUGACCGAGGAAGAUGGUACUAUGCUCAGUAGUGAAGAUGAAAAUAAUCCAUAUGUGCAACAGCCUAAAAUACCAGUGAAAACUUUAUACUUCUUAACACUGUUAGUCUAUGCUUACUUUAUUAUCCCUCUCCCUGGCUACUUAAGUGGAUUGUUACUUGGAAUGGCCCUUGGAUUUAUGAUAGCCAUCUGUGUGAUUUGGCUUCUUACUCCACGUACCCAUGAAUAUCACAAAUUGCAUAAAAGUAUGGAAAAGCGAUGGAAUACAGGAGCUCUAGACAUCAAAGAACCUGAAAUACUGAAGGGAUGGAUGAAUGAAAUCUAUAAUUAUGAUCCAGAAACGUACCAUGCUACAUUGACUCACUCCGUCUAUGUGCGACUUGAAGGAAGCACCUUACGGCUUUCAAAACCCAAUAAAAAUAUUUCUAGAAGGGCUGUGUACAAUGAGCCAAAGCCUGAAGUCACAUAUGUCAGCCAGAAAAUAUAUGAACUUACAGAGAGCAAGAUUUCCCUGGUUCCUAAGAGUCUGGCACGAAAACGGAUUUGGAAUAAGAAGUACCCUAUUUGCAUUGAACUUGCUAGACAGGAGGACUUCAUGGCCAAGGCCCAGACUGAUAAGGAGAAUACAGAAGAAAAGGCAGCUGCUGAAAAAGUGGACUCAAGCAGUGAAGAAUCCAAGAAGCCUCAGGAUGGAGCGAAGUACACUAGCCAAAAGGAUCAAGUGCUUUAUCUCUUUGGGAGGACGGGCAGGGAGAAGGAGGAAUGGUUCCAAAGGUUCCUUCUCGCAUCCAAGCUGAAGUCUGAAGCAAAGAAGCCAUCCGCUUUAUGUGGGAGCAAGCCAGGGAUGUUGGCGCCGCUGGGCAGAGCCGAUGGCCAGCCCGGGCUCACGCACAGCCGCAGCAGCAGCAAGGGGAGCGCGGAGGAGAUUGCGUCCCAGCCGAAGCACAAGGACCUGGCUGGCAACGUGCGGCAGAAAAUGCUUCUGGACUACAGCAUUUACAUGGCAAAGUGUGUUCCACAUGAAAAGAAAAGCCCUUCGGGUAGCCCUGUCCUCAGUGCAGACAGCAGCCCUACAGCUGUGAAAAAGUUGCCAGAUGCCCAUGUGGAAGCUGAACAAGAGGAACAGGAGGCCUGGGUGAAUGCUUUGCUUGGAAGAAUAUUUUGGGAUUUUUUAGGAGAAAAGUAUUGGUCUGAUGUAGUGUCAAAGAAGAUCCAAAUGAAACUCAGCAAAAUAAAGUUGCCGUACUUCAUGAAUGAGCUGACUCUAACUGAGCUUGACAUGGGGAUAGCAGUGCCCAAGAUCCUUCAAGCCUUCAAACCCGCUGUUGAUCACAGAGGACUUUGGAUUGAUUUGGAAAUGUCCUACAAUGGAUCUUUUCUAAUGACCCUAGAGACCAAGAUGAACUUGACCAAAUUGGGCAAAGAGCCACUUGGUGAAGCACUUAAAGUUGGAGAAAUUGGCAAAGAAGGUUUCAGGCCAAGGGCGUAUUGUCUUGCAGACAGCGAUGAGGAAUCCUCCAGCGCUGGGUCUUCGGAAGAGGAUGAUGCUGCCGAACUGGCGGGAGAGAAGCAGGUGACUCCAGGAGCAGAAGGGUAUGUUGGAGGACAUCGGACAAGUAAGAUCAUGAGAAUCGUGGAUAAAAUUACUAAGUCAAAAUACUUUCAGAAAGCAACAGAGACUGAAUUUAUUAAGAAGAAAAUUGAAGAGGUGUCCAAUACUCCAUUGCUGCUAACAGUUGAAGUACAAGAGUGCCGAGGAACACUAGUAAUUAACAUUCCACCUCCACCUACUGACAGGAUAUGGUACGGCUUUCGGAGACCUCCCUACCUGGAGUUAAAAGCUCGGCCAAAACUUGGUGAGAGAGAAGUGACUCUGGUCCAUGUGACUGACUGGAUAGAGAGGAAACUGGAACAAGAGUUUCAGAAAAUCUUUGUCAUGCCAAACAUGGAUGAUGUUUAUAUUCCUUUAAUGCACUCGGCCAUGGAUCCCCGCUCCUCCACGUGCCCUCCUAAAGACCAGGUCGCCGAGGCGCCCGAUCAGCCGUGACGCGCGAAGACUCUUGCAGUUUACAGUAUUACGAAAGUUAUUCUCAUGGUUUUAUAAACUGUGCUGUAGUUCUCAUCCCUGUGCCACUCUGCCCCCAAGGACCGCCCGUAUCCAAACCUUUGUGCUCACUUGCCUGGUGGUUGUUCUGUGCACUUCAGCCACAUGAAGUCUCAUUCCAUUAAGCAGUUGAUUUACUUUUGGGUUUUAACGGGGAGGCUGAGAUGACCUGUUCUCUGGGGGAGGGAGGAGGAACCGAACUGUAAUAGAUCAAGGAGCUUAUCAACACACCUUUUGUUCAGCUUAUGUUUUCAUGCUUUGUUAAUGUGCAUUAAAGCGUUGAAAAGUUGUUUGGCAGCAAAGGAACUGCAUGCCAAAUGGAAAAAAGUCCUAAAUAAGGAAUGAAUUUAUAAAACUGGAAGAAUAUUUUUCUUUCUCAGGCAGUUGGAGGUGUAGAAUGAACUGUUUUAUGUUCUUUCACUUCUGCAGUCAAUAGCUUGUGUCAAGCAAUCGAAAUACGAAAUGCUUUCAGGAUAAAAGAAUGUAAAUUGGAUGUAUAGGUAAUAUUGUGAUUCAAUGUGGUAUAUACAUAUUACUUUUUUCAUACAGAACUUGUGCUUUUUUUGGGAAGCAAGUAGCCAUAAAACACACAACUAUCAGUGAAGGUGGGACUCUCAGAUUUUUGCAAAUGGAGAGAAAAACGUCGGUAAAGCCAUGAGACCAAACCAUAGCAAGCCGCCUUAUAGUGAGGUACAAUCACCUUGGUUCAUAAUUAAUUCUGAAUGUUUCUAAAGACAUGAGCACACACAUGAAGUGUCUGAUACUGCACAUGACCAGAAGUACUUGGCCUUCUGUGUACAGAGCCUCCUGCUACAACUGAACACACCCGAGUUUUUCCUUAGAGGACAGUUUGUUGUGAGUCUUUUCCAUUGCACUGUGUUUACACACGAAGCCUGGGGCCAAAUUCUCAGGUUACAGCUGCUCAACCAGACGUCAAAUCACUUGAUGUUUGUGCAAACAGCUGUGACUGGAAGAUUUUGACCCCCAUGCAUUGUUUUUUUGGACUUUGUGGUAUAGGAACUCAAGCGUUGCAGUUAUUCAAGCUGAUCGCGAUGUAAUUGAGGACUGUUUCUGCUAAUUAAUGGCCAAAACUAAGGGAGGAGGGGGAACUGCCUUUUAUUUCUAUCUGGUGUAAUGAUUCAAGACUAAAUGUAUGCAGUAAAUUUAAUAUUUGAACACUACAUAUCCACUAUUUAACACAUGUAAUAUUUUUCUGAUACUCAGUGUUGCCAACUGUUCAUUGAUGUCAGAAAACGUUUUAGUUUACAAAGAAGGUGAGUUUUGCUCUCCUUUUAUAACAUGAUUUGCUUUUUUUUUUUAGGAGUAAUUUUUUAAGAACUUUUUUGUAUGUUGUGUUGUCACAUAUGAUGUAAAUCAAAAUUUCCAUGUAUAACUUGAUGAUUUACCAUCUCUAAAUGAAGCUAUUAUAUUGAAGGUUUUUUAAACAGCACCUUGCCUGAAACAUAAAAGAAAACUAGCAUUUAAUAUAUUUAAAAUCAAUUCUAUAUUUGAACACCUAUUUUGGUUACCUUUAAUUAAAAUAUUAGCAGGUUAUAUUUGUUACCUGAACUCCUCCUUGACCAUUCCAGGCUGUGUCUAUUCUGGGGUUUGCUCUGAUUAUGUAGGCAUUAUUUGCCUUCCAUAAAGUCUGCAUGUCUCGUACGCAGGUCUUUUAUAUGAUUUAAUUUCUAUGUGCAAUAACUGAAGUCAGAGGACUAGAUGCACUAAUGUGUAAACAGAUUUAGACUUAUUACACAAGAUUGUCAUAUUGCACUUCAUAAACUGUGGGUAGCUACAAUCUGCUUGCUUUGUUUUAUUAAAUAAAUUUAUCCCCUGUCAAACAA